CACACACAAAAUGCUGGAGGAACUCAGCAGGCCGGGCAGCGUCUAUUGGAGGGAAAUGAACAGUGGACGAAGGGUCUGGACCCGAAACCAUUGCUGAUGUACAAGUCAGCUGCUCAGAGAAUAGAGAGCGGCUAGCUUGAACACAACCAGUAGCUUGUCACAACGCGGAGAGAAAUUUCGUCCGGUAAUCAACACGCAAAUCGCUCUUUGAUCGGAUUACUGGUUGAAACCGGUUGGACUUUUGUUUUUAAAAGCAUGGGUCAUGCAUGGUCUAGACAUUGACUGAGAUCCAUGGUUUGAAGUUUCUGGGUCGCAUGUUGUACUGUUCACUGUGCAAUCUCACGUCUGCCUUUCCACGACCGCAGGGACUCUCCUGGAGCCCGGCCAGCGCUUGCGAGCAACAGCCGAACUCCCCGGCACUUGUCAACACACAAGUACAGAUACCGAGAGCCAGCACGUUUCCUGUAGAAGAGGUGGAAUAUCAAAAUAUUGAUCGGCUUCAGUUCUGACAAGCCAACAUUUGCAACACAACUUAUAAGAGGUUGAACUAGAGGGGAAGAGGAUGGUUGAAUUGUGAGCCAGGGAGAGAAAGCAAUGAGUUACGUUUCUACUCUUCACAUCACACUGCAGAAACCGUCCAAGCCACCGGACAACCGACGGGAUACAGCCGGCAGCGUUCUGUCGCCAGCAGAGCUUGCGACUGGAAUUCAGAGACAGGUCUCUGGAAAUAACCGGGCAGCGUGCCCUGUUUUCACAAAGCCCCUGAUAGAUGUCACUGCGGACGAAAGCAGCACCAUCGUACUACAGGGCACAGUUGAUGGAAUGACUCCAAUCACCAUCUCCUGGUUUCUAAAUGGUAAAGCUGCAAAGUUUGGCAGAGCUUCUUUCAAUAAUGGUGUUGCCCAGUGGGUGAUUGAGGACUGUCUGCCUGAAGAUGCAGGUGUGUACAUGUGUGUUGCAGAAAAUACCUUGGGAAGAGCUUCAAGCAGUGCAACAGUGAUAAUUCGAGACUUUGAAACCCUUCAACAGUCAAAACAUUUGCCCAAACAGAUGAGAAGUACUAACUGCGACAGAGGAUUUAGUGAGACCCAUUCGGAACAUGGAGCAAAAGGUUACAGCUUGCAGCCCCACGAUGAAACAACUCAAUUUUCAACUGGUCUUUUGUAUCCAGAAGAUGUGAACCAAAAUACUAGGAACAGAAGCUUUCCUAAAGAUUUAUCCCCUUCGAGGAAGAAGCUGUCUUCAAAAUCAGAGCCACCUCGAUUAUUGGAGCCCCAGACGCAUGAGGAGGUGAAGGCUGGGCAGCAAGCAGAGCUGCACGUUGGGAUUGUAGGAACCCCACCCAUUGCUGCAACAUGGCUGAAGGAAAAAACCCAGAUUGUGAAUAGUUCUCGAAUCUCUGUGGACACAACAGAAACUGGGACCAAACUAGUGAUAAGAGCCGUGGAGGUGGGUGACGCUGGCCUUUACACACUCGUGGUGAAAGACCGGAACGGGAAUGUGCACCAUCAGAUCCAUUUGGCUGUCGUAGAUAGGCCAGAGCCUCCAGUGGGUAGGCCUUGUGUCUCCGAGCUCUGCAAGAGUUCCCUCACUCUGUCCUGGUCUGGUCCAUGUUACGAUGGUGGUAGUGCGAUCAAGCACUACGUCAUUGAGGUGAAGCAAUCUGGCGAUUCACAAUGGAGAACGCUGACCGAUUCCUGCUGUGGCACCUCGUAUCACGUGGACGCGUUGAAACCCGGCGGAGAGUACAGCUUCCGUGUUUAUGCAGUAAACUCAUACGGCAUUAGUGACGUGGGUGAAGAAUCCAAACCCAUCAAGUUUACCGCUGAAGAAAGAGAAGAGGAGGAGGAAGAGGCAGAGUUUCACGUGACAAUUAAUACCUCUCAGAAGGUAACUGAUCUGUACGUACAGCAGGAAUGUCUCGGAGUAGGAACGUUUGGUAAAGUGUACAAGUUGUUGCAAAAAUCCAGUGGAAAGAUCCGAGCAGGCAAGUUUUACAAAGCCCGCAGUCUUAAAGACAAGAAGAGUGCUCGCGAUGAGAUUGAGAUCAUGAACUGUCUACACCACCGAAAGUUGGUGCAGUGCCUUGAUGCCUUCGAGAGUCAGACAGAGAUUGUCAUGGUGAUGGAAUAUAUCUCCGGAGGGGAGCUCUUUGAGCGUAUCGUGGAUGAGGAUUUUGAGCUUACGGAGCCGACGUGCGUCUCGUAUGUCCGCCAGAUCCUAGAAGGGGUACACUUCAUGCAUCAGCAAAGUAUUUUGCACCUGGACCUGAAGCCUGAGAACAUCGUGUGUGUCAACAAGGACAGCACGCGCAUCAAAAUCAUUGACUUUGGACUGGCGCGAAAACUCGAUUCAAAUGGCUCGAUGAAAGUCCUGUUUGGAACACCAGAGUUUGUGGCACCAGAAGUCAUCAAUUAUGAUCCAGUAGGAUUCCCUACAGAUACUUGGAGCAUUGGUGUUAUCUGUUACAUCCUGCUGAGUGGCUUGUCUCCAUUCCAAGGUGACAGUGACACCGAGACCCUGAGUAAUGUCACCGCCGUUUCUUGGGAAUUUGACGAGGAUGCAUUUGCUGAGAUCUCUGAAAACGCAAAGAAUUUUAUCACCUGUUUGUUACAGAAGGACAUGAGGAAGCGUUUAACCUGCGAGGACUGCAUGAACCAUCCAUGGCUUCAGAGCACAGAGAAAGGUUCAGCCAAGAUGCUGUCAAAGGAUAGAAUGAAACGGUUCUUAGCCAGGCAGAAAUGGCGGAAAGCAGGCAAGGCACUUCUUGCUCUCAAAAGACUGGCUUUCCCAUUAAACAAGCAGGAUGAUGGAGAAUCUGUGCUUGACUCUCUGGACAAAAAUGCACUGAGUCCAACCCAGCACCAGAAGGUGUUGUCUCUCAUGGAUGAGCAAAUUCAGAUGAAGCCAUUGUUCAGCAAAACCCUGGAGGAUUUGGAGGAGCUGGAAGGCAGUGCAUCCUGUUUACAGUGUCACAUCGAAGGUUACCCUGACCCUGAAGUAAUUUGGUACAAAAAUGGGGAUCCACUCACUGAGUCAUCACACUAUCAGAUAGACUAUCAAGAAGACGGGAGCUGCUCACUGAUCAUCACUAACGUCACUCAGGAAGACUCUGGGCAUUACACAUGUAAAGCAAUGAAUGCACUGGGUGAGGAGACUUGUUCAGCCACAUUGACUGUUUACCCUCUUGAGCUGGCCCAUCGCAGUUAGAAACAUGGCAUCAAGAGAUGAACAAUUGUACAGUACAUCUACCAUCCAGAACUCAGCCCUCAAUAUCCCAAUGCAAGCAGCAGUUACCAGUGAUGGAAGGCAAAGAGUCAACCCUUAUUAUCUGCCAUUGCUGUUAGGUGACAGACUCCUAGUUGUUAUGCAGAUCCUGUGUUUGGUGGACAUUACUCUCAAUGUAUGGACCACAGCAAUGUGUGUGUAAAUUUCAGGGUAUUGAAAGGCUCACUUUUGGGAUUCUUAGUUCUUGUUGAAUGAGUAAGCACUGUAGCGAGAGGGUUGCCUUUUAAAAGUUGUCUCUCACCCCAUGCUCAGAGCCCAUUGAAUGCAGACAGGCUUAACUUUGCAGACUUUCAAACCAUUUCACUCAACUUGUUCCUUGUUGCCAGAAGAUUAAUCCUGACUCUUGCUGUGUCAGCUCACCUCUUACCUUUGAUUUGCAGCAGCUGAAGUUUAAACAUUUGAUGGCAUGUUUCCAACAGUUAUGCACAAGAAUAGUUUAAACAAUUGCUGAAUAAAGAUGUUAAAAGUGAAAGCAACUACUUAAGUGAUCCAUUUGUCUCUACCUUUGGAUAACACAGACAUGAAUUCUUCUUAUGAAAAUGAAAUUUACAUUUUUUUAAAUGUAAAUUCAGUUCUUAAAAAAAUUUAGUGCUUUAAACUAAAUGUGAAUCCUGUUCAGUUUGGUCCCUGAUCUCAACCCAGGUGAGAAGGGUGGAAAGGCUGAGGCAAAAGCAAGCUGGUCUGUAGUGUCUAUCCCAAUGCAGGCAUCCUGUGCAUCGGCCUUCAGUCUGAAGAUGUGUAUCCCAGAAAGAUGAAGAGAAAUGUAUUAAAUUAGAGGCAAAACAUGUCUGAGAACUGCAAGGAAAUCAUGAGGCUAAACCUUACUACAGCAAAUACCACAACAUUCUAUGUAGAGUGAUUUUGUCACCAACAUCUCAGCAAGUUGUUAGCUUGGCUAGGCUGUGUCACUUCCCGCAGCAGCACAAUAGCAGAUGAGAAGGUGAGAUAACCAGGCAGUUUCUGAACAAUAGAGUUCGGCCUCAAUCUUUAACCACAUUGUUAACCAGCAAAUAGUUCACCUAAACUGAAGGCUUCAUGCUUUGUAGUCUGCAACAUGACCAGCAGCUUUGAAAUUGCAGCAAGGAGGUUUGUCUUUCUGUAACAGUUGCUGGAGAGAGCCUCAUCUGCUUUUGGAGAAUUGAGGAGUUGACUUGUUUCACUGGAUCAGCUCCUGGUACCAUGUCCACAAUGUUACCACUUAAUGCCUGCUCCCUUUCAUCAUUUAAUUCCAGUUCUCUAAUACUGAAUUGAAAUAUCGCCGUUCCUAAAAAUCUGUUUGUGUUCUGAUGCCCCAGACUUUCUACAAUAUACCUGCAAUAUUUUGGAGUGCUACACAUUUUUUUGAUGAAGUUUGUCAAUGUCCACUAAUAUAGAGUGUUUGUGGCAUAAUCAACAUCAUAAAGCUCCUUUAACGAUACCUGUGCAUUGUCAAAUAGAUUUGUGAUAGAUGUGAAAUAUGAAAGCUGUGUUGAAUCAUCUAAUCUGACCUGUUACUAAGGUAGUUCCACCAUCUCAAGUAGAGCAAUCUGCUUGUCAAUAAUUUGAUAUUCAUGCUAAUUAUGUUACAGAGUUGUCUCCUGGAUAUUAGAAUAUUGAUAUGUGAAGAUAUAAUUGAUCUGUACAGGAUGAACUAUGUUGUGCAGAGCCUUUGCUUUUGGCCUCCAUAAAUUUAUCUUUGGAGUGUUUGGUUAUGAUUUUGCAGGAAGAUUGGGAAAGGUUCAUGUGGCACCUUGUAUUCAGUGUUAUUAUUGUAAGAAUUUAGCAACAAAUUCAAAUUUUAUGAAGUCUUUAUAAAUUACAUUAAAUAUUCAUCAAAUGGUUUUAGCCAACGUCCCAACCA